CAUUAUCUUAAAAAAAUGGUUUGGCGCCAAAACUCUCAAAGUUCCCGCCUAACAUUUUUUUCCUUUUGGCAUACUUUUAAUUUUAAACCCAAAAAUCAGAACAGAACCCCAAAACCUAGACCCGGAUUUUUUGGCGGUCACCCUAGCAGAACACUCUUCAUUUUCUCUCUCCUCCUUCUCCAUAUCAUCGUUCUGCCAUUUCGCCGGAAACUUCAAAGCUCGCCGUUGAUUCGCCGGAAACUCCGAAGUCCGCCGCCAUUUCACACUUCACUGACUCUUAUUUGGAGCAAUAAAGACAUGGAGGAAGAUGAUCAGCCAACAAUGGCGGGAAGACGGCGAAGCCGAGGAGCAAAUGGUGUGGCUAGCGCCAGAGCGCAAGCCCUAGAACGCCUGAAAGCCCUGCGCAAUGGCGAAAACCGCCCUUCGUAUGAUAUAAAGAUGGAUGCUCCCAUCUAUGACACUGUCGAUGAAGAUGAAUACAAGACUAUAGUUGCUAAACGUCGAGAGGAGUUCAGUGAUUUUGUUGUUGGUGAUGUUGGAGAUGGUUACAUUGAUGAUGGUGAGGAGGAGGAUUGGACUAAAGCUGGAAUUCCUUUUUCAUCUGAUGAGGAAUUUGAUGGUGAAGAUGGUGAGAAAUUGAAGCGUAAGAAGAAGGAGAAGAUGGAGAAGGAGAAGGAGAAGAAGCCUUCUGCUGCUGCAAAUGCUCUCUCUAGUGCUGCUGCUUUGAUGGGGAAACAACGGAUUUCUUCGAUGUUUACUACUUCGGUGUUUAAGAAGAGGAAUGAGGAGAAAGGGAAAGGGAUGUUGUCGUGUGAUAGUGUUGUUGAUGAUGUGAUUGCGGAGUUUGCUCCUGAUGAUGGGGAUAGAGAGCGCCGGAGAAGACCUCAAUCAAAGAAUCUAGGGUUAGGGUUAGGUGUGAAUGGGAUUGGUAAGAUGAAGGCGGAGAAACCAGUAGUUAGUGACGUUCUUGGGAAGGUUGAAGAUGAUCAUAGGCCUUUGUCUCCAGAUUUAGCUACAAAAGAUAGGGUAACUGAUGAUAAAUCAGUCGUAGAGGAGGAGAAUUCAGAUGAAUUGAAGCAAUUUGAGGGUGAUUUUCUUAGCAGAGGUGAAAAGGAAGAGAAAUUGUCAAAUGCAAUUGACGGUAAGAUUGAGCCAGCUUUGAAGGAGGAUCAGAAGGUUUUUUCGUUUAAUGCGAAGAUUAAGGAGGAGAAGGUUCAGACUUUCAGUGCAGCAGCUGAAUGGCAAGCAAUCAAUGGCACCCGAGAAAGAAAUGGGGCUGGUUGUGAUCCUGUUAAAACAAGUUCAAUUCCAGAAUCUGAGGAGAAAUCAGAGUUUGUCUUGGAGACUGAUGGAUCAUUGCCUUUCUAUAUCCUGGAUGCAUAUGAGGAGUUAUAUAAUACUAAUGCUGGCACAGUCUAUCUAUUUGGUAAAGUUAAAGCUGGUAAUGCAUAUCAGAGCUGCUGUGUUGUUGUAAAGAAUAUGCAGAGGUGUUUGUAUGCUAUUCCUAGUGCUUCUGUUUUUCAUAAUGAGGAAGUCAUGAAGUUGGAGAAGGAUUUCGCUGAUAAGAAGAUUACAGCUGCAGAACUUUGUGCCAAGCUUCAUGAAGUGGCAUCUGGUUUGAAAGCUGAAAUGGCAAAACAUUUGGUAAACCUCAAUGUUUCAACUUUUAGCAUGGCGCCUGUUAAGAGGAGUUAUGCAUUUGAGCGUGUUGACAUACCUCAUGGGGAGAACUAUGUGCUUGAGAUCAACUAUCCAUUUAAGGACCCUCCACUCCAACCAGAUCUCAAGGGAGAUACCUUCUGUACUUUGCUAGGGUCUAACUCAAGUGCUCUGGAACUCUUUCUUGUCAAGAGGAAGAUAAAAGGACCAUCAUGGUUGUCAGUGUCUAAAUUCAGUAGCUGUCCUUCUCAUCAACGGGUGAGCUGGUGCAAAUUUGAGAUAGCUAUUGAAUGUCCAGAGGACAUCAAAGAGUCAGCUUCCACCAAGAACACUGCAGUGAUUCCUCCGGUGAUUGUAACAGCAAUCAGUUUGAAAACAAUUAUCAAUGAGAAACAAAAUGUGAAUGAAAUUGUUUCAGCAUCUAUUAUCUCAUGUAGUAAAGCAAAGAUUGAUACUCCUAUGCUGGCUUCAGAGUGGAAGAGACCUGGUGUGCUUAAUCAUUUUACUGUUGUGAGGAAACUUGGUGGAGAUAUCUGGCCAAUGAAAUUCCAAAAAGAAGUUGCAGAAAAGAAUACAAAGGCCGGAAGCACCAUACUUGUUUUGGAAACCAGCGAAAGAGCUUUGUUGAGCUGUCUGAUGACUGAAAUGUACAAGUUGGACAGUGAUUUUCUUGUGGGCCAUAAUAUUUCUGGAUUUGAUCUAGAUGUUCUCCUUCAUAGAGCUCAGGCAUGCAGAUUACCAAGCAGCAUGUGGUCUAAAAUAGGUCGCCUCAAAAGAGCUACAAUGCCCAAGUUGACUAAAGGAAGCACCAUUUUUGGAUCAGGAGCAAGUCCAGGAAUAAUGUCUUGUAUUGCUGGUCGUCUGUUGUGUGACACAUAUCUGUGCUCCCGAGAUCUUUUAAAGGAGGUUAGCUACUCUUUGACCCAGCUAGCAAAGACACAGCUGAACAAAGACCGGAAGGAGAUUGCACCAAAAGAGAUUUCCAGCAUGUAUCAAAGAACUGAAUCACUUAUGGAUCUUAUUGAAUGUAAUGAGACAGAUGCAUGGUUGUCUAUGGAACUGAUGUUCCAUUUGAACAUACUUCCACUUACACGUCAGUUGACUAAUAUCAGUGGCAACCUUUGGGGAAAGACUCUACAAGGAGCUAGAGCGCAACGUGUAGAAUAUCUUCUGUUGCAUGCAUUUCAUGAAAAGAACUAUAUUGUUCCCGACAAAUAUUCAUCUUAUGCUAAGGAAAAUAAAUUGACAAAGCGUAAAAUAGAAAAUGGUGAUGACUUAGAUUUGGAUAAAUCAAACAAUGAGAAUGAGCCUUUGCAUGAAGAUCAUGGGAAGGGCAAGAAAGGUCCUGCUUAUGCAGGUGGAUUGGUUUUGGAUCCCAAAAGAGGUUUAUAUGACAAAUAUGUGUUACUUUUGGACUUCAAUAGUCUUUAUCCUUCUAUCAUUCAGGAGUACAAUAUAUGUUUUACGACAGUUGAAAGAUACUCUGAUGGCUCAGUUCCACGCAUACCAUCUUGUGAGAAAACAGGAGUGCUACCUGAGUUGCUUAAAAACUUGGUCGAAAGGAGAAGACUGGUGAAGUCUUGGCUGAAGACAGCAUCUGGCCUCAAGGCCCAACAGUUCGACAUACAGCAGCAAGCCCUUAAGCUCACAGCAAACAGUAUGUAUGGAUGCCUGGGUUUUUCAAACUCAAGAUUUUAUGCAAAGCCCCUUGCAGAACUUAUAACGUUGCAGGGAAGAGAGAUUUUGCAAAGUACUGUUGAUCUUGUGCAGAACACGCUGAACUUGGAGGUUAUCUACGGUGAUACAGAUUCAAUCAUGAUAUAUAGUGGGCUUGAUGAUAUAGCAAAGGCCAAAGCCAUUGCUGGAAAAGUCAUCCAAGAGGUUAAUAAGAAAUAUAGGUGUUUGGAAAUUGAUCUGGAUGGGUUGUACAAGAGGAUGCUGCUCCUUAAGAAGAAAAAGUAUGCGGCUGUCAAAUUGCAAUUCAGGGAUGGGAAACCGUAUGAGGUAAUUGAACGGAAGGGCCUUGACAUGGUGCGUCGUGAUUGGAGCUUGUUGUCAAAGGAAGUUGGGGACUACUGCUUGAGUCAGAUACUUUCUGGAGGAUCAUGUGAGGAUGUUGUGGAGUCGAUACAUAGUUAUCUUAUGAAGGUGCAAGAGGAAAUGAGGAAAGGAGAAGUACCUCUUGAAAAAUAUAUAAUCACAAAGUCAUUGACUAAACAACCUGAAGCUUAUCCUGAUGCGAAAAAUCAACCACAUGUUCAGGUGGCACUGAGAUUGAAACAUAAUGGUUAUACUGCUGGUUGUUCCUCAGGGGACACAGUUCCAUAUAUUAUAUGCUGUGAGCAGGGUACUACUUCAGGGACACCUGGUGGUAUUGCUCAGCGAGCUAGACAUCCUGAUGAAUUGAAAACAGAAAAUUUGACAUGGAUGAUUGACAUCAAUUAUUACUUAUCCCAACAGAUUCAUCCAGUGGUUUCACGUUUAUGUGCAUCAAUUCAGGGUACGGACCCUGCACGUCUAGCUGACUGCCUGGGGCUUGAUUCAGCUAAGUUUCAAAGUAAAUCUGACCUCAGCACCGGCAAUGAUCCUUCAGGAUCACUUUUAAGUUCUGUUGAUGAUGAAGAUAGAUAUCAGGGCUGUGAACCUUUAGUAUUGUCUUGCCCUAGCUGCUCUGGCUCUUUUGACUGCCCAAGUGUCUUUAGUUCCCUAUGUAAAUCUGUCGCAGAAAAGCCCAAUGAAGCACAGCCAGAAAAAUCCACUAGCAAAAUCUGCCACAGGUUGCGAUGCCCCAAGUGUCCUGAGGAAGGGGAUGUUGGUCAAAUAUCUCCAGCAAUGAUUGCCAACCAGGUGAAGAGGCAAGCAGAUGGGUUCAUCUCAAAAUACUACAGGGGUUUAAUGACGUGUGAUGAUGAAACUUGCAAGUAUACAACUCGUAGCUUAAACUUGCGGGUGAUAGGUGAUUCUGAGAGGGGAACUGUUUGUCCAAACUAUCCUCAAUGUAAUGGCCGACUAGUAAGAAAGUUUUCAGAAGUUGAUUUAUAUAAACAGCUCACGUAUUUCUGCCAUAUACUGGAUACUGUUCGUUGCAUCGAGAAGAUUGACGGUGCUGCAAGACCACCCUUUGAAAAGGAGCUUAAUAGAAAACGACCCUUAGUUGACUCAGCGGCUAUUGCUGCUCAGAAGUUACGAGAUCGCUGUGCUUUUGGAUGGGUGCAGCUGAAUGACCUCUUUGUCACGCUCUGAAGCUAAAGGCUGUAUGCCUACUUAUUUAUCUAAAUCUUGUCAAUUCAGAUCUUGUAAAUAUCUUGUAUAGGCAUGUCAUUUUAGUGACUUGCAACACUUUAGAAAAGAGGUAUAUUGGGAUACUUUAGCAUCUCAUGUCACAGAAGAAAUAACAUAAACUGUAUACGGUAAUUCAUAAUUAUUCCAUCGGAUCACCAAGCUGUAGAAUUCACUAAUGUAGCAUUAUGAACAAAAUUUAGAGAUUGAAGCAUUUUGAAAUACACUACUGGUGAAAGAUUAUGUAUUGA